CGAGUUAAUACCUUUGACAUCGUCACCAUGAUGCGAUGAUUUGAUUGGCUGCAGUUUCAUGAUCCACCGAUCCGUUUUGGGAAUGGUGUCAAGCUUCACAAUGAGCUUCCCACCUCUGGCUCGCUCAGCCCAUUAUUUCCGAGCCAUCAAGAGAGAGGCUACCAUAUAUCUAUCUUUGACGGUGUCUUUUGCUAGCUAGUUAUUAUCUGUACUACAAUGAGAAUUCUUGUGGGCGUCAAGCGAGUGGUGGACUAUGCCGUCAAGGUCCGUGUCCAGAACAACACGGUGGAUUUGAGCAAUGUGAAAAUGUCGUUGAAUCCGUUUUGUGAAAUUGCGGUCGAAGAAGCCGUUCGAUUGAAGGAGAAGAAGGCAGCGGAUGAAGUAGUGGCUGUCAGUGUGGGACCCAAGCAAUGCACGGAAACAUUGAGAACAGCGUUGGCCAUGGGAUGCGAUCGUGCGAUUCAUAUCCAGACGGACAGGCGAACCGAUUAUGUCGAUUUGCAGCCGUUUGCCGUGGCGCACUUGUUUCAAAAGGUGGUGGAACAAGAAGAGGCCGAUUUGGUCUUGCUGGGCAAACAGGGCAUUGAUUCGGAUUGUGGACAGACUGGUCCCAUGCUUGCUGGAUUGUUGGGAUGGCCACAGGUUACGUUUGCUGCCAAAAUGGAUUUAGAAGGCGAUGGAAUGAUGGUGGAACGAGAAACCGAUGCUGGAACCGAAACCAUUAAAAUCCCUUCCUUACCAGCCGUCGUCACGUGCGAUUUGCGUCUCAACGAACCACGCUAUGCUACCCUGCCCAAUAUCAUGAAGGCCAAAAAGAAAAAGGUCGAUACCAUUGCCGCGGAUGACUUGGGCGUCGAUCUAGAGCCCCACAACCCAGUCCUCGAUAUUUUUGAACCACCACCCAGAAAGGAGGGAAUUACCGUAGAAUCUGUGGAUGAUUUGUUGGAUAAAUUGCGCAACGAAGCCAAGGUUCUCAAGUAAUAAAACAAAAGAGGAAGAGGUUACUUAUACCAGGUGGUAAAAAAUGGAAUUCCCCAUCUUUUCCUGCGGAUUCGAUUCAUUCCAUUCUCUAACACCACAACCAACUAAAAGAAACAACAAUUUUCCA